CAAUUCAUAUAAUUUGAAAUAAAUAUUCAUUUAGUAUACGUUGGAUGCAGUUUGGUCAAAUAAUACCACAACGAAAUGAUAAAGGAUGUUAUGAUAGUCCAUUUUACUGUAAAAGUCUAAGAAAUCGUCGGCGCAAAUUACUUAGUUAUUUAAAUAAACUGCUUUAUGAAAAUCCUACAAUGAGCAUGGAGUUACAUGAGAAGGAACAAACUAACUUAUUGAAGGAUAUUGGACAUCCUACUGAAAAUAAUAGUGAAUUGUGGGAUGACUGGAGCAAUUGGAGUAUAUGCAGUGUAACAUGCGGAAGUGGUCGUCAAGUUCGUUGGCGUCAUUGUUCAGCAGAACAUUGCAUAAAAGGAUUAAAGAGAGCACAAAUAAAAGCAUGCCGUUUAAAAAAAUGUGAUUCUAAAGAUAUUCUUCACUGGCUUGGCAUUAAAUCCAAAUAGUUCUAUUAAAAACAGAGAAUACAUUGUUAUAUUUUAAGUUUAUACAGAAGUACGAACAUAAGAUUUUGACUUUAAUUCUAUAUUCUACAUUAAAAUGAACCUUUUCUUUCGAUGAAAUCGUAUUUAACUUUAACUAAAUUUUACACAUUAUAUUUAAUAGAUGUAAUAAUCAAUGGUAUUUCUGUCUGUAUUAUUUGCUGCUAUUUAUCGAUAAAUUUCUAUUUUUUCAUUCUUUGCUUUAGUAUUUCCGCUCUAUUAAAAAAGUGAAAGAUAUUACACAUUUUAAUACAGUUUACGUACAUACAUAUGUACAUAUAUCUGCGAUACAUUACGAAAUUAUUAUAGCACAUUUGUAUAUGCAUAUGCAUAUUGUUCUAAAUUAAACUUUCGGUAACGUUGGGAACGAUAUAUAUAUAAAUGAUGGUAAAAAACCAUUAAACACUUACUUUGCCGUGAUAAAGACUUUU